UGACAACCGGGAAGAGCCUCAAAUACAGCCCGUCAGUCAGCCCCCAGUCUGACAGGGGCGCCUCAUUCAUGGGGCAGGCAGAGAGCCCAGCAGGUUAAGUUAGUGCGCCGUUGCGUACCCGCCCGCCCUGGUGCCAGCAUCGUGCGCCUUCCUUCCCGUCGCUGCUGCUGUUGCUGCCCGUCUGCCUGGCACUGCCGCCGCCAUGAGUCACCACGCCAGGCCUCAGCAGUAGGCAUCAAUCAAUCAGCAAGCAACCGUGCUCUGUCCUGGACUAUUCGAGGCAGUUGUCCUGAAUAAUUAAUUCUAAAUUGUUCAGCUGCGUCAUCAUGAUGUGUUAAAGUGAAGAAAUGUCCCGCGUCCUGCUCUCCUCUCCGCUCCGAUUAACCGCCCUCACCACCACCACCAUCAUCUCGGCGGCGGCGCGUCACGACGUUCCCGGCAUCGCCAUGGGCAUCCUCAACUCCUCCCCCCUCCGGCUCUUCUCGAGCUCGACAAACAAGCCGCAAGCCAAGAGCCCCCAGCAACGGCCAAGCGAAGGCGGCGGCCCCAGGCUCGUGUCCUACACGUCCAACCCCGUCCCCAUUCCCGACGACUUCCUCACCUCCUCCUCUUCUUCUCCUCCGCCUGCCGCAGCCGCCGUGUCCUCCCAUCCCAUCGACUUCGCCGCCUCGCCCCUCCCCGAGCUCGCCGGCCGCAUCGCCAUUAUCCUGCGCGACGUCCUCUCCCCCGCCGAGUGCGCCCGGCUCAUAUCCCUCGCUGAGGCGUCCGUCCCUCUGCGCGACGACACCGACAACGACAACAGUGGCGGCGACGGCGACGGCGUCAAGGCCUCCUCCGCCGCCUGGCGCCCCGCCCUCGUCAACCUCGGCAACGGGCUCGAGGCCCCCGCCCCAAACUACCGCGUCAGCGACCGCAUCGUCUGGGACCAGCAGGACCUCGCCGACAGGAUAUGGCGCCGCUGCCUCCAGGCCGACGACGGGCUGCGGCGGACGCUCGCCCGGGUCCCCGCCGGGUGGCGCGACGACGGCAAGGGCGAGUGGAGGCUCAAGGGCAUCAACAGGCGCAUGCGCUUCCUCCGCUACGGGCCCGGCCAGUACUUCAAGCCGCACUGCGACGGGCCGUACUGGUACUUUGAGGAGGAGGAGGAGGAGGACGGAGGAGGAGGCGGUCGUCGCGAGGUGCGCACCAUGUAUACCGUGCAUUUGUACCUCAACGAUUCGGCCGCCGAGUCGCCCACGGGCGAGGGUCACGUCGGCGGGGCCACCGCGUUCCUCUCGCGCGAUAGAAAGCGCAGGCUCGACGUCAAUCCCAAGGCGGGAAGCGUCUUGAUAUUCCAGCACGAGGGGCUGCUGCACGAGGGCGCGAGAGUGGACAGCGGCCUCAAGUACACGGUCAGGAUGGAUCUGCUGUAUAGGUGGGAGCCCGAGCAGACCGAGUCCAGCAGCCCGGCAUAGCCAUUAUAUUUGGUAGGGUAAACCUCGAAUAUCAUCAUGACAGGGGGCCAUUCCUCGUUCCCC